AUGUCCACACCAAUGAAUUCAGACCAGUCCCCGAUCGCCGCUGGCGCUGCCUCUCCCGAGGGUCUUGCACCGAUGAUUGAGAGUAUGCGUUGUGCCCUCUUCGGUGAAGAAUCUCCUUUCUUUCCGUCACUGCGCCCACGGGUGGAGUAUUCUACCGCCGACAAUGCCGGGUUGUCACAAACAAAAAGGAGAAUAUUCCCCGAGUUGUCACCGAGCGAACGCAACGUACAAGAGUCCACGCCAGCUCCUCUCCCAGUCGCCGCCACCACUCCACCCGCCAUCAUUUUAUCGCCCCAAAGGGAAGUUUCGCACCGGGGCGAUUUCCACGGGCCGCUCAAGCGAGAAGUUGCUCGCGGCCGCCAAGGCGAAGUUGCUCGCGGUCGCUCAAGGCGAAGCUUGCUUUCGCGACCGCCCAACCGGGAGCAACAGCGAUCGCCUGCGCGUUUUGCUCGCCCCAACCGGGGCGACCUCGGUGUCUUUCCACCCGGGGAGCGGCCUCGGCGCCAACCAAGGGUAGCCUCGGUGUCUUUCCACCCAGGAGCAGCCUCGGCGCCUAGCCAAACUGGGGCAACCUCGCUAUUUUUUGGGAGGAGACCUCGAGGCAGACCCGUUGGUUCCAAGAAUAAGCAAAAAUCGAAACCACAACCAAAACCUAUAACUGUUGAUGGAGCUCAGGAAAUUGUUUCAGGAUCAGCAAUUUCUAGAUUUACACCACAUGAAUUUUUUGUGAAAGCCGGAGAGGGAGGUAACUUGCUUGGCACGGCUGUAAGCACGAAUUCAGAAGAAUAUGCAAGAUCUCAUACCAAACCAGUUAUCACUCUAACUGGGACUGCUGAAAAAUGUGCAAUUGGACCGCCUCUUGGUUUGGUUGACAUAGGCGAAAGCGAAAAUGCAUAUCUUUUUCGUGUUGCACUUCCUGGUGUGAGACAUAAAUGUAAUAUAAAAUGUGACAUACAGAGAGAAGGGAGAGUCCGGAUAGAAGGUGUGGUUGCAGAGAGUGAGGUUUUGAAAAAGUCACCCAAGGGUUAUGAGAUGAAAGUUCAGCAGCUUUCUCCUCCUGGGCCUUUUACUGUAUCGUUCAGUUUGCCAGGACCUGUUGAUCCCAGAUUAUGUUCCCCACAUUUUAGAGCAGAUGGGAUUCUGGAAGUCAUUGUAAUGAAAUACCGGAUACCUCUUGUUUCAGCUGAAGGUUUGCCUGAGAAUUGGUACAAUGGCUCUUUCCCAGAUCCUUGAAUUUCAGUUGGUUCACCUUCCCCUAAGAAACAUGGGAUUAAUUUGUUUGAUAACUUUUCUCAUGAAUAUAGCACAACAUUAACAACUUACCAACUUCUGGGGGCCAUACCUGUACAACAAGGGAUUUUGCAUUAUAUGUUCCAUUGGAAAUUUUGGCUAUGCUGACUUGAUUUUGAACCAAGUGUACUUUUGUGGGAAAAAAAACUUGGAGUAUUGACAUCUUUUCCAUCUUUA